UCGCUCUUUCUUUCUCGAAAAAGGAAAAAUCAAAGCAAAAUGUCGAUGGAUUCUGCUGUUUCUAUUGGGUGGGAUGUCUUGAAGUGGGUAGUUGUUCCCGUCAAGCGCCAAUUCGGAUACGUGAUCUCCUCCAAGAGCUACGCCCAGGAUCUUCAGAAGGAGGUCGGGAAGCUGGCGUACGAGGCUGAUAUGGUCCACAAUGACGUGGAAGUGGCCAGAAACAAUAGCCGGGAGGUCUACAGUCAUGUCGUGGAGUGGCGGGCAAAGGCUGAGAAGGCCUUGAAGGAGGCGCGAGACCUGUUGGGCGACUUCGAAAAGGCGAGCAAGACUUGUUGCUAUGGGAGUCUUCCCGAACCCUGUUGUCGCUAUCAGUUCAGCAGGAAGGCCAAGCACAUGAUCGAGGGCAUUCAGCAACUCGCUCAAGAAUUUAGUGAAUUCAAGUAUAUUUCCUUCAGUGGUACUGCUCCAGGGAAUGCGGCUGCUUCGACUCCGGCCAAGAGAGAAGGCAAAGAUGUCGUCCAGUCGACCAUAUCGAUGGCCUCAGCUUCUUUUGCCUCGAUGUCAAUUAAGCUUAAGGACGACGGCAUGGUCCAAUCCAGAGAAUUGAUCAUGCAGGAGAUCAUGGCUGCUCUUGCUGAUAACAACAAUAGCGUGGUCGGGAUUUACGGAAUGGGCGGGGUCGGCAAGUCCACCCUAUUGGACGACGCCGAAAGGAGGAUAAAGAAAGCGAAGUCGUUUGAUUGGGUCGCUAAGGCCGACGUGUCGGAAAAUCAAGACGUCAAGAGGAUUCAAGGAGAGAUUGCGCACGCGUUGGACCUGGACAUAAAGGAUGUGGAGUACGUCAAUUCGCGAGCGGAACGUCUGCGCACGAGGUUGGAAAAGGAGGUGAGGGAGAAGAAGAAGGUGCUCAUAAUACUGGACAACCUGUGGAAAGGGCUUGACUUGAAGUCAGUAGGCAUUCCUUGCGGACACAACAACAAAGUCAUAGGAUGCAAGUUGCUGUUGACGUCAAGAUUUCAAGAUGUUUUGCGAAGGGAAAUGGGCUGCGACAGGGACUUCCUCCUCGAUGCGCUGAAGGAGGAAGAGGCAAAAAGAUUGUUUGAGAGGACGGUGGGCGACAAAGUUCAUCACGAUCCGUUCAAAUCCCUGGUGGAUGAAGCACUCAACAAAUGUGCAGGUUUGCCUUUCCUAAUUAUUGCAAUGGCGAAUGUUUUUAGAGACGCCGAUUUUCGCGAAUGGAAGGAUGUUUUGAGACAAAUUGAGAUGUCUACCAACAAAGGAAUCAGUGAAAGAAUAAACGAGAUGCUGCAGUUGAGCUAUAAUCGUUUCAAAGGGGAAGAUGGCAAGGAGGUGAAGUCAUUGUUACGGCUAUGUGUCGUUUAUGGUGUCUCUAAGCCCUCUCUUGAAAACUUGCUGAGGUACGGCGUGGGUUCGAGGUUAUUUCGAGAAGAUAGCAGCAUGGAAGAAGUGAGAGACAGGUUGAGCUCACUGAUCCGAACCCUGAAAGCCUCAUCCUUUUUGUUAGAAGACGAUGAAGAUGUUGAUGGUUUCAAGAUACACGACUUGGUUCGAGGAUUCAUUGCCUCAGUAGCUUCAAGUGAUGACCCUCUUCUGGUGUUGAAAAAUCAUGAUAAGCCGGCGAUAGAGUUGCCGAAGGAUAAGCUCAAAAGUUGCACAGCGGUGCGGCUCACUCGUUCACCUUCGCCGUUUCAGUUCUUGGAGAACUUACACACUCUGUGCCUAAAUGGUUGUUCGUUAGAUGAUGUAGUCAUGAUUGGCGAGCUAAAGUGGCUACGUGUUCUCAGCUUUGCGAACUCCAAAAUUCAACGAUUGCCAAAAGAAAUUGGACAAUUGGUGGAGCUGCGGUUGUUAGACUUAAACCAUUGCUCAAAACUUGAGAUAAUUGAACCGGGUGUUCUUGGGAGCUUGAUGAAAUUGGAGGAGUUGUAUAUGGAGAAUAGUUUUGAUCAUUGGAAUGCCGUGGAGCAAACUCCACCCACUAAUGCCGGGCUUAUUGAGUUGAAUAACUUGAAGAAUCUCUGCACUUUGCAUGUGUCCAUUCUUGAUCCGAGUGUGCUCCCGGAGGAUCUAAACAUCGAGAAACUAACCAAGUACCAAAUCCGGAUAGGUGAUGUGCCACAUUGGCGAAGUCGCAACGGUUCAAGUACAUUGGAGCUUCAGUUGGAUCCAAUGAGCGAUAUUCUACGGAAAGGAUGCAUACAUACUUUAUUAGGCAAAACUGAUGGUCUCUUUUUAGACAGAUUAAAUGGAAUUGAGCAAAGUAUUUGCGCGUUAUCACAUAAAGGCUUUCCGAAAUUAAAGUACCUACGGGUCGAGAAUAGUCCCUCCGUCCAUUACGUCCUCCAAUCACCAUCACAUACAGAGUUUAAGAUGUUGGAGUCAUUACUUCUCGAUAGCCUCAUCAACUUGGAAAAGAUAUGCAACAACCACAUCUCCUCCAAUUCCUUCAGUGCAUUAAAGGUAGUACGAGUUGAAAACUGCGACAAGAUGGAAGUUUUGUUUCCUCUUUCAUUAUUGAGAGAACUUCCACACCUUGAAGAGAUCCAAGUUGUUAGAUGUCACUUAAUGCGGGAGAUUGUAGAAGUGGAUGAUUGUGGCAAACUUGAGUUGCGGAAUUUGCAUGUCUUGAAAUUGCGUGAUCUGCCGAAUAUGAAGAACUUUUGUACCGCCGGGAUGGCUCCUUCAAGUUGUACAUCAAACGACCAUGUUGGCACUCAAGUUGCAUUCUUCAACGGGCAACGGAACUCCACCAAAUAG